AUGGCUCCUCCGAAGUUUGAUCCAAACGACCCUGAAGUUGUCGAGCUCAUCGAUCUCUUCCAGGCCGUCGGAUUCACCAAAGCCAAGGCUACAGAAACCGCCAAAAGCCCGAAAAACGCAUUAGCACUCAAGGACAUCAUAGAGAAGAACAACCUUCGAGAGCGAAACGACGAUGACAAGAAGGCAUCUUUACUAUCUGGCCUUGCUAUUCAGGGCUCGAAGCUUGGAGAUGCAGAGAAGCGUUACAUUGUAGAAGCGAUUUUGGAUGGUAGACUUAAGAGUUCUGAACAAGUAUCUGCUGCUGUUAAAUUUAUGGAGGCCAGUGGUGUACCAGCGGACGAUACAGAAUUUAACAAGGAAUGUGGCGUUGGUUUCAGUAUAACACCUGACGAGUUACUAGCCAAGGUCAAAUCAUACGUAUCCUCAGCAGCUGUGACUGGUUGGGCAAAUCUCGGUGCAACAAUUGGCUCUCUCAAGACUUCUCCUGACCUUCGCUGGGCUAACCCUUUGGAACUUAAAAACACCGCCGAGAAGGUGUUCACCGAGAUGUUCGGAGAGAAGACUGCGAUCAAAGCCAAGGGCUCUGAUAGUAAGCCAAAACGUGGUGCCGAGGAGCCUGCUUCGAGUAAUGCAGGACCUUCAACUUCAUCUAACUCAGCAAAGUCGAUCUUUGAAGAAGGUUUCUUAGGAAAGUUGCAUAAACCUGGAGAGAACCCUCAAAUACACCCUCGUUUACGAGAUGCACACCUAGCUGCGACAGGCGGCAUGGUUUAUACCCGAUUCCCACCAGAACCGAAUGGAUACUUACACAUCGGGCACUCGAAGGCUAUUUUCAUAAACUUCGGGUAUGCGGCACAUCAUGGCGGGAGAUGUUAUCUCAGAUAUGACGAUACCAAUCCUGAAGCAGAAGAGGCGAGGUACUUUGAGAGUAUUUUGGAGAUUAUUCGAUGGUUGGGAUUCGAACCGUGGAAGAUCACGUAUUCUAGUGAUUACUUCCAGGAACUUUAUGACCUAGCAAUUGAGCUCAUUCGACGGGACAAGGGUUAUAUCUGUCAUUGUACAGGUGAUCAGAUCCAUGAAAUGAGGGGAGGAGACGAUGGUGGGCCUCGUCGAGCAUGUGUUCACAAGGAUCGACCUGUCUCCGAAUCACUUGCUGAGUUUCAGAAGAUGAAGGACGGCCUUUAUAAGCCUGGAGAAGCUAUUCUGCGCAUGAAACAGAAUCUUGAAGACGGCAACCCUCAGAUGUGGGAUCUUAUUGCAUAUCGUGUUUUGAAUGCACCACAUCAUCGAACAGGGGACACAUGGAAGAUAUACCCGACUUAUGAUUUCACGCAUUGUUUGGUUGAUAGUUUUGAAAAUAUCUCACAUUCGCUAUGUACAACGGAGUUCAUUUUAUCCCGCGUUUCGUAUGAAUGGCUCUGCGACGUCCUCGAGGUAUACAAGCCUCGUCAAUCCGAGUAUGGUCGUCUAAAUGUCACAGGUACUAUCAUGUCAAAACGAAAAAUUCUUGCUCUAGUCAAAGAGGGUUAUGUCCGCGGCUGGGACGACCCAAGAUUGUACACUCUCAUCGCUCUUCGAAGACGAGGCGUUCCACCAGGCGCGAUCAUCUCUUUCGUCAGCACACUGGGAGUUUCCACGGCGACGACGAACAUCCAGACGGCGCGAUUUGACCAGACUGUCAGACAGUAUCUCGAGAACUCAGUCCCUCGACUACUCAUGGUACUAAAACCUCUGAAAGUCACAAUCGAGAAUUUGCCAGAGGAUUAUGUACUUAUGAUCGAGAAGCCGUUACAUCCAAAGGUUCCCUCACUUGGGAGUACGACGGUACCGUUCACGCGUACUGUAUACAUCGAAGCAGAUGAUUUCCGUCUGCAGGACUCAAAGGAUUUCUUCCGUUUGGCUCCCGGAAAGACGGUUGGCUUGUUCCAGGCUCCUCAUCCUAUCACCUGCACGUCUUACAAGACAGACCCCACAACAGGCGAGGUCAUCGAGCUUAUCUGUCGUCUGGAAAAUACUGGGGAGGUCAAGAAACCCAAAGCAUUCAUCCAGUGGGUGGCAGAACACGCUCCAUCAGGUAGCCCAGUCCGUAUAGACGAAACUCGCAUCUUCCACCAACUAUUCAAAAGCGAGAACCCAGCUGCAGCAAAACCGGACUUCAAAGCUGACAUCAACCCAGACAGCCUUGAAAUCAUUAAGGGAGCCAUGCUUGAAGUUGGAUUUUGGUCAGUUGCGAAGCGGGGGUAUGUUGAAGCGAAGGAAGAGAGUAAGGCUAGGACGAGCAAGGCGUUGGAGAACGAGGCGAUUGCUUCACCUGCGGAUGCUGAUGCGCCUAUCCCGACUAGUGAACAGCUUGUUGGGAAUGAGUGUGUUCGGUUUCAGGGUUUGCGUGUUGCUUACUUUGCGCUUGAUUCUGAUGCUAAGCUUGGUUCGUUGAACGAGGCCAAUGACGUGUCACCAGGCUUUAGGGAUGGGGACAAAGUCAUUCUUAAUCGUAUAGUUAGUUUGAAGGAGGAUGCGGGGAAAGGCGCUGCAUGA